UUUCAGUUUUAUUUUCUAAUAAACCGAACAGCAAAACUGAAAAGUUUUGUAUUUUUUUAUAUUUUUUUAUACUUAUUUUUUUAUAAAAAAUAAUUUUGCUUAAACCAUUUUGCAAACUUUUUCGGCACCAUUUGGCUCAAUAAACCGAAAGUAAAAAUCAGAUUCCACAACAGUAUACAAUAAAACACCACCAUAAAUAGUACGUUUCCAGUAUGACAUCGGGCAAGGCUUAUUUGAAAAGGAAGAUGGCUGGUGUUGAAAUCGAACAUUUGAACAUAACCGAAGCGAAACGCGUCGAACACCAUUUGUACGAGACACUCCAAUCUGAGCUGUGUUUCGAGGGCUGCAUGACAUGCGCCAAGUACUUCGAGUAUCUCGUGUGCGAGGAGAAUGAGCUGAUGACGGAUAAAUUCAUCAACCAACGCAUGUUGGUCAACAAGACGGAACUGCUAAAGUUAUACGAAACAUGCAAAGCAGCCGAGCUAGUGUCGAAACUGAAGACGUGUCUUAGCCGAAAAUCCACCUACGAACUUAUCUAUCAAGCUUGGAAUAUAGCGAAAAGUUUACCCGAUGCUUUCUAUUGGUUCACGAAGAGUUUUCUCGAAAUCAUUAUCGUAAUAGCCGAUUCGUUUGGGGUGAACGAUGUGCUCUGCUGCGAGUUUCGUGCGAAGAUUUAUACGCAUUAUGCCGUGUUUUACAUGCAAAGAAGGGCUCAUGAUUUCCAAAAAGAAAUAAAAUACUUCGAGAAAGCGCUAUCGUUGAGUCGUGCUAAGGACUGGCGUACCGACAAUAUUACACGCGUGUUUGAUGAGAAAAAUUUACACGAAUUUGUUGGUGUAAACUUUGCAAGCGUUCUCUUCAAAUCGGCAAUGGCAUUUAUACAUACCGAUCCAAGGUACGGCAUUGAACAAGCUGAUCGAUCGAUUAAAUGUAUAGCCGAAGUUGGUCAAUUGAAGCUGAAAAUUUUAGUCGUGAAAGCCAUAUUGGUGAAAGCGCGUCUACUUAUCGAGAUCAGCAAUUACAAGGAGGCUAUGAAGAAUUUAAGAACCGCUGAGCGUUAUGUGACGGGCGAGAAGACAAGCGAGUUCCAGAAAGUGAGAUGUGAAAUUAACAUUUGCAAAGGGAUUUGUUAUGAAAAUUUGGGCAACACAUCCUAUGCCAUGGCCAAACUGAAAUUGGCUGUUCUGCUAGCGCGACAUCUGGAGCUGAAUAAACAAUUGGGCUUAUCAUUGUUGCAAAUAGCCAAGAUUUAUAUGAAAACCCCAAAUAAAUAUUAUUUAGCAGAGAAUGCGUUGAGAGAGGCACGCGACGUAUUCCAAGAAGAAAAAGAGUCGGAAAAUAAGAUAUGCGUCAAAUAUAUGUUCGCCUUAUUGCAAACCGAAGUGAAUCACAAAUCUUUCAUAGAUCUCAUUAAGCAGUCAGAAUUUAAUUAUUGUGAUUUGUAUAAGUUACGCCAAUGGAAGUAUCAAGCGAAGCCAUUCUGGAAACGCCGUGGCUUGAUCACCUUUAUAAAGUCCUAUACUACAAUGAGUCUACUAAGUCGGAUCACCUCGGAUUUGCCUUCGGACGAGAGUGAAGAGGUCGAAGAGCAGACUACUGAGAUUAGCGAGUCUGAGUCGGAGGAGAUGAGUAGCGAUCCGCUCGAUUGUCUAUUGAAUGAGUAUAAAUAACGGCGCGAGAGUACAGUUUAUAUGUGAGUGAAAUGUUAAUUUGUAGCAAAAUCAAAGCAAAAUCGCAAUAAAUAUAAACAAAAUUAUAACUAAA